AUGAAGAGUACCCGUGGAGCCACUUAUUUUUUAUUUAUUCUUUUCCCUUUUCUACUGCAAAUAUUCGUUCUCACCUUUCCCAAUCAAAAUUUCAAUUUCAUCCACAGGAACCAAGAAAACCUGACUGCUGAUGUCACCUUCAUUCUCCUGGGCUUCUCAGAAUACCGGGAUCUCCAGGUUCCCCUGUUCCUCGUGUUCCUGGCUGUCUACACUGUCACUGUGCUGGGGAACCUAGGCAUGAUUGCCAUCAUUAGAAUCAGUCCCAAGCUCCACACCCCCAUGUACUUUUUCCUUAGUCAUUUGUCCUUUGUGGAUUUCUGUUACUCCACCGUGGUAACGCCCAAACUGUUAGAGAACCUGAUAGUGGAAGACAGAACCAUCUCCUUUACAGGCUGCGUCAUGCAGUUCUUCUUCGCAUGCAUAUUUGUGGUGACAGAAACCUUCAUGUUGGCAGUGAUGGCCUAUGACCGGUUUGUGGCCGUGUGCAACCCUCUCCUCUACACGGUUGUAAUGUCUCAGAAGCUCUGCUGUUCACUGGUAGCCGCAUCAUACUCUUGGGGUAUCAUCUGUUCCUUUGUAUUCAUAUACUUUCUGUUGAGCUUAUACUUUUGUGGGACAAAGUUCAUAAACAACUUUAUCUGUGAGCACUCUGCCAUUGUUGCAGUAUCAUGUUCUGACCCCUACAUGAGCAAUAGGAUCAUUUUAGUCUUUGCCACAUUCAAUGAGAUAAGCAGCCUCUUCAUCAUCCUCACCUCCUAUGUUUUCAUCAUCAUCACUGUCAUGAAGAUGCCUGCAACUGGAGGACGCUACAAAGUCUUCUCCACAUGUGCCUCCCACCUCACAGCCAUCACGAUUUUCCACAGCACCAUUAUUUUCCUCUACUGUUUUCCUACCACCAAAAGUUCCUGGCUUCUGGUCAAGGUGGCCUCUGUCUUCUACACAGUCAUCAUCCCCAUGUUGAACCCCCUGAUCUAUAGCCUCAGGAACAAAGAUGUGAAGGAGUCAGUUAGGAAGUUAAUAAGCUUCCAAUAA